CACAUCUCGAAAGCGAAAGUUUUGACGAAAAAUUUCAACCUCCAGAGGAGUAUUACGUUCCAAAAACAUUUGGGACUAUUUGCGCGCAGAUUUGAAGGUCCGUCUCUCUCGGUAAGUUAGGAAUCUUGUCAUGAUAAUGUAAUGGUAACGAUAUUUGCGAAGUUUUGGUAAUACGUACGUACACAUGAUCGGGCCAAGAUGAGCCAAAAAUUUAAGAACAUGCUCAGAACAUACCUAGGCUGAGAAUCAGUAAAGUCAGUAAAGUAAUUCCGAAUAGUUGGUUGGUGAAACAUUUUCGUUCACGGUACCAAAGCAAGCCGCACCACUGAGUGAUAAAGAAAAAACGCAUUUUGAGAACAGGAAAAGUUAUGUCUUAUUGAUUUGUCCAACUUUCAGAUAUACCACGCUCCACGAACGCAUCAAGCACUAUACCGCAAGGAUAGACUACAAUCAAGAUUUAUAUAUAUAUACGUAUAUAAUGGGUAGCCUCAGCCUUGAAAUAUGACGUUCCUUUAUAAAAAGGUAGUCUACAGAGCAUUUCUUGCUCGCCUCCCACCACUUAAACUUCGCAAUGUGGUUGAAUUUUUGCGUUCUUAAAAUUCACAAUCAAUAAGAAGGUACAUAUUUCAACAGCUCAGACGAAGAUCAUAAAGCACUCUCCAAAAAACCUGAUAAAUCACGAAUGGAAAAAAAUAUUCGUUUGAACAGAAAGCUCAUUUCAUCCAUCCCUUACUUGCUACUUUGGGUACCUGUAGCUUCAAAAUCCGAUGGAGAAAGUCGCAAAGAAUAGACUCGUUGCCUUAUCUUUAUUACAAGUUCCCUACCAAAAUUGUGACAAGAGCUACAAAUACACUGGCGAGACGAAAUGUAAAUUUGCCUCUCGAUUGAAAGGAGACCACAAAGUGAUAGAUCAAAACAAUCGCAAUACUCUGCACUAGCUGAAACUGUUGAUUCUGAGAAAUAGGAAACUUCACUCUUUGGGAAUUCUGCUCAACAGCUUUCGUACAAGUGCUAACUGGCGUAACUGGCGCCUUCUAGAUCUUGCGAUGAAAAUUAAAAGAAUCCACUGAAUCGUAAAGAUGGCAUAAAUAUUUUUAGCAAUAAUUAAUUAGCUCAAAUUUUGCAUUUUUUCUUAAUGGAUAUAUUACGCUCUCUCUCAUUAAGACAACAGACCGCGCUUUCUUUUCGCGCACCGGCAUGAUAACCCUCAAGAGAUGUAAAAUAAGAAAAUCAAAACGGGAUCUCGAGUAUUCUCCCAACAUUCCGCGUUGGUUAAAUGGACUUUUUGGAACAGUAUCUCGAAGAGGCUAUCAAACACUCAUUCUAAAAGGCCGCGUUAAAUUCACAAUAAAUUCCUUUAAUUUACAGUGUUUUUCUCCCCAACUGUCGCUUUGGAAGACAAUGAUGAUUUUGACCCGACAACCGACACAAACUGUCAAUCUGAUCAUGUUAGUUUUUGUCAUCAGUGGAACACGGGGAUAUCGCUUGGGACUUGAAAUCAUUAAUGGGACAUCCUGCGGUAAGUUACUCUUUUCAAAUUUGACCUUAAAACUGUUUAGGAAAAAUUACAGAAUGUUACCAGAAAUGGCUCGGAAAAUGAAAAUUGGGAAUCCCUCUUAGAAAAAGGAAUUGUCGAAUUUCUUUUUAACAACUGACUUACUACUUUCUCAAUGUCCGAAAGUUCGAACAUUGAGUCAACCACCCACUACCCGCGUGCGAUUCUUCGCCUUCGGCAUUUUGUUGUUUGUAAUUUCCACUGUAAUGAAGCGUUUCUAUGCUAUUAACAUCUUUCUUGUAUCAUAUGCUUGGUUAUUUAUCAAGCGAGUUGAUAUUUUAAUUUGCUACCGCUAGAGUAGAUGUGAAGAAUGUAGCAGGAAUGUUCCAGUGUCCUAGCGGAUUUGGACCCCCUAGAUUCGGACCCAUGGUCCAAAUCGGCUAACAGAUCCAACUGAUUUUCAUUUCACAUGGAGACUCGAUAAAACGGGAAUCUAUUGUUCGUGUUCCACAUUGAAAUUCUGUUGCUCCAUCAAUUACUGUUACACUGAGAUUUUUUUUUUAUUGUUCGUAGGCCGAGAACACACAAUAAAAUUAACAUCCAGUUGUGUUUGUGUCGCUUGUUGUAUUCCAAAUGAUUAAAAAUAAGUUAAACUAACAGUCCUUUUAAAUUUUUUAGUCUAGUUAGUGUUCGGUCGAGUCGAUUUACAAUAACCUAAAACAGGCUUUACGAACGACUUUUAGUAAUAGUAGUCACUUCAUUCUUGUUCAGGAACUGUUUAAUGUUAUUUAAUUGAAAAAUCAGACUUAUCAGAGAUAAGAGUCAAAAUCAGGGUUUUUUCUUAGACUAGACGCAAUAGUCUCUACAACUGUGAUGACGUUUCGUAUCAAUGUUGAUUCGCAUCAGAAGAAGCAAGGAUAUAUUGUAACAAUAUCAAUGGUUCAAAUGCAGUAGUUUGUUCGCAUUUAAUUCUUGAGUAUACUGUGCGAUUUGCUACAAUAAAUGCGGCGGAAUUAGAGAAAAAUGGCUGUUUAUUUUUAUCGUUACUGAGAAAUGUUAUGUUGUGAUUGAAAAGCACAUCGACAAAAAGUUUACAAAUUGAAUUAGUUACCAAAUAUGAUACAAACGAUGCUAAAAGAAAAGUUUGGAAGAGGGGUCGAAAUCUGCGUAAAGGGGUCCAUAUCCGCUUACGAAUUUGAACCGCGGAUCAUAAUUCGCAUUCAACCGAAUAUUAGUGACUCAAUUGGAAACAAUUUUUAUUUUUGUAAACCAAGGUGAUGCUCCAUUGUUGCAUUAUUUUCAGGAAAGUACGAUAAGACUCCAACGUUUAAAGUUUCUCCAUGGCCUUUCAUUCCUGCUGGAAUUUAUGUUGAUGGUAAUAUAACAUUUACACCUGGUAAGUCGAAGUUGACAAGGAGGUGUUAAUAUUUUUUGUUAACUUUCUUUUAGAAGUGAUAUUGUUGCAAAACCAGGAAGAAGGAUUAUGAAAUUCCACGGCUUGCAGAAAAUCCAUUUGGCAUAAUUACAAUUUUUUUGGCUGACAGGUGAAUGAAUUAUAAAAGAACACUAGACGGAUUAAAAACUGGGCAUAGGGUCUUCCUUGAUUAGGCGAUAUGAAUACAUACGCGAGGCUUCCGAUAUUGCAAAUCCUUGUGGCAUGCAAGACAAAUUGCAAAAUGUAUAUCGAUGUCUCGUUUGAACCUAGAGUGGGGUACAAUCCACCACGGAGUUUUUUUCGUAGAGCAUUGAACGACGGAAUCCGACGCUCCAAGGUUUUAUUCCAUUUGGGAAAUCAGAUUUUCCGCACUCGAGAUCAAAGUAAUAUACAUCCUGCUUUGCUCAAAGACCAAACCAAACAUUUAACCCCUUUCUUAUCAAUUUGACCGAGGGUGUAUGUUGUAAAAUAUCCAGGAUUUGAGAAUCGAGGUUACGAGAGAACGCUGAGUGCAAUUGCUAGUAAGAGGUUCUCCAAACCUUCGAAACUAAAGGCCUCAGGAAAUGAGAUUUCAAGUCAGUGUAUAACACCGAGGUGUACUAAAAUGAUUGUCAAUCAUGUAUCCUGCAAUGCUUAAAGUUGUUAACCCUAAUCGCAAAUAAUUUUCUUUUUUUCCGUAUUUAUUAAACUUUUAACGAUUGCUGUGUCAACUUGCCGAUUUCGACUGAAAUCUUCCCUUUCCAACUCCCAUUGAUACACCGUAGAUAUUAAUCCUUCAUUACACUAGGAUCUGUGCCGUGUUCUAACUAGUGCUUGCUUCUAAUAGCGGUAGAUUUUCUUGAAGCAUCCCUACAAUACGAAGCGGUCUCAGACGGCAAGGUUGUUGUUAGUGGCUGGUACGACAAUAUAUGCGAUAGGCACCCAUACUUGUGCAGCUUACCUGCUGGUGGUAAGUUCUCUCCAAACUAGAACGUUAAGGGAAAGAAAAAAGGAAGAAAGAAAUAGAGAGUGAAAGAAAUGGAGGAAAGAAAGGAAGCAAGAAAAAAUGAAAACAUUUUUCAAACAUUUACAAUUAAAGCUGAUCAAAUAUCCUGCUUUGCAGAUUAUAUCAAAAUUAUGGGUUCUGCUUCAUAAAAUGCUAGCUUAAACUCAAGGAAGAUAAUCAUAUCAACUCAAAAAAGCCCAGUAUACUUCUGAAUAAAAAAAUUCAGCGAGUGUCAACAUCAUAUUUUCCCUUUAAUAGUUGUUUACAACUGGUUACUGUUUUUCGCAUAUUCAUCCCUGUGAUUGUAUAUUGUCAUACAUAUCUCCCGAUUUUGGUAUAGAUUCAAACAGUUUCUUUUUCCAAAUAUUUUUUUUUUAACCGAUGGUAUGGAACACAUAGAAACGUGUUUAAGAAUUAAGAACUAUGAUCUUUCCAAAUUGCUUUCUUGACUAUCUCUAACAGGAAGCCUCAAAUGAAAAACAAAACAAACAAAAAAUAUCGAUAAAAAAUUCAGUCAAUCUAUCGCUAUUGAUUAAUUAUCAAUCUUAUUUAUUGCUCUUGGUGCAUGGUGUUUCAUAUUUUAAAUAAUAGUUGCUACUUUCCUUGUUGUUUGUUUGCUUUUUUUUUGUUUUAAUUAUGUCUUCUAGAAACCAAAGUGUUGGCUGUAUCUGGAAGAUUGCCGUCCAUUCCUCCAGUUUUUAAGGUAAUUGAUCAAUUAGCGCAGCCCUGUCAUCUCACCGGUUUCAGUGCUUGUGAUUCCUAUCUGAUAGCCCCGGCUGCAUUUCAGUCUUUCCUCUCUCCCUAGAUUUGUUCUUGCUUGUCAAUCAUAACGGUGUAUUUUUCGUCCUUUCCAAUAUCAUUUUUAUACAUCUUCCUCACAGGCGCAUGUAACUGCAUUUUUCAACUAAACUGAAGCUGAACUCUCUUGUAAGCACUCGUCCUAUUGGCUCAAACUCAGCUUUUUCAAGGAUGAAAUUUGUAGCCACCAUCCAGGCCUAAAGAUUUCCUGAUAUUUUGAUUUUAUGGACUGAUUUUAAAGAAAGUUUCUAGAGAGUUAGCCCUUCAUUCUGAACCAGGGCUAGCGAUUGAGACGCUAGCUUUGAAAACCCUUUAUGGUUGCCAGUUUACAUUAUCAGUUUAGUUGAUAAUUUUCCUGUUAGCCCAACAUAGCCAUGCAUCGAGGCGGCAUCACAGAUGAAUAAAGGGGGUAAAUUUCUAAAGAAACUGUGGUGCUGCGUCGGUGGGAGAGUAUAGCAGGUAAUUUAGUGUUAACAACUGAAUUGGAAACUUAAAUUGGCUACCAUAAAGAGUUCAUCACAGUUUCUUCAGAAACUUACCCGCUCCCCCAUUAAAAUGAUUUGCAGUUGAGCAUUUUGUCAUCUUUGUGCGUAUAUUUCAAUAUAGUAUUGUGAGCUUUUAACAUCAGCAGCCCUUCUUCGUUAUCUUCUUUACCAUUACAUUGACUGCGCGCUUUUUCAAAAGCAAUCAUGACAGAUGAUGGUGUUGAUCAUUAUCAAUAUCAAUUUGACGAUUUUUAUCAAGCUGGGCAUAGUUUGAUCUGCUCUUUCCUAAAAACAAGGGAGGGCCUUAAAUCAAUGCAUGUAUUCAUUGUACUUUCAUUUUAUUCCUCAAUCAAUUAGAAUCGAACCUAUAACGUGAAAGUUCAAUUUUUCAAUGAAGAGAAUAUCAUGUUCCUCUGUGGUGAGGUUGUGGUUAAGGUAUGGUGAUAGACGAACAGGACAAACAGGAGUCAAGACUCAAGAAAAGCGUUUGGAAAAAAAUUAGGCAUGGGAAGGCAUGCGAAGAGUCGUCUUGCAACCAAUGAUAUUGUAUAACAAGAUUUUAAAAUCUAACAAUAAUCAUUAAAGAUGACUUUCGUAACUUUGAGUAAAUGCCUAGAUUACGUUUUUGUGGCGAGGGAAUCAGUUUAUUCGUGAAACAGCCUGAUAUUUAAGACUGACAUAGAACACGGGGAAUAAUAAGAGAGCGGAUCAGUUCGCGGGAAAAAUGUAAAGUGUAACAAAAACUACUUCGAUUUAAAUGAGAAACGUAGUGCAAGGGAGCUAGUGGAGCGGGUGAGAGCCUUUGAACUAUUUCCUACACACAGCGCUUCCCUGAAAGUCAUCAGUUCAAACACAGAUUUUAGGAAAAAUGAGAGAGGACUGAUCUGAGUGUAAUCUGAACUGGUGAGUCGCAUAGUGUAUUCAAGACCAAGCCAUUAAAUAAUCAAAAAACUUCUUAAACAUCAAUUAUGACAAUGCAGUACAUUGCAUGCGAGCAAAACUCAAAACCAAAAACUGCUUAUUGUUGAUGUCUAUGGUUUUAGUUAUCUAACACUCGGCUGUUUUUUCUGAUUUUGUUUUUUCUUCCUGCUAAGUAAAUAAAUACUCUCAGGCUUCGCCGUGUUCUGAGUUUGCAUUCCCGGCAAUGUAAAGGGGUACCUCAAUGGUUUUCACCGUUUCCUGUUAAACAGCCAAAACAUUUUGCCGAUGGUCGUAAAAAAGUUAACCGUACAAAGAUAUUAAUUUAAUCACAACGGAGGGAAGUCAACUGUUGGCUGUAACCAAAAAAGCGUAACGAACUCAACGAACAAAUUCUUCAUUGCCGCUCUGAAUUUUCCAAAAUCUGCCCAACUGUUUCAGUACAAUCUGUUCACACCAAAAUUCAGGAUGUCAAUUUUAAACUUUUUAACCAUUUUCACCAAAUAAAGGCCCAAAAACUCGACCAACUUAUUGGUCCUCAAAUUACUAGCGCGGACUCAUUGCCUGAAAUCCUCAAAACUGUAGUUACCAUCCCAGAAAAUUUAUCACUUUCCGAUUCAGAAAAAUCAGUUCUCUGUAGGGGUUAAAUUUUGUUCUAAUUUCCGUAAAAACCGACGUUUAAAAAAUUGGACAAAGAUCUCACUUUCAUCAACCAAAACAUUGUCAAAAUACGUUGCUCGAUCUUAUAGUUAAACAAGAAUUUCCGGCCACUGUAAAAAAAUCUCACCAUCACCACACCGUGUAUGUACUUUUUACCUAAAAUCCAACCUAACCGAACAACUCAGGUCGACUCACCGUUUCUGCCUGCAGUUGUUCCACCGAACUAAUUUUCCAGCUAUUUAGACAAAAGAAUGGCACCUAUCGUCAAAACUUUACCAUCUUACAGUAAGGACAGCCAACACGCACUUGAAAUUUUUUGUGACUUUAUUUUGCUUGGCCGAAACAAAUUUAUUUUCACUAUGGAUAUCACAUCUCUUCAUGCUGUCAAGCACUGUUAAGGAACCUAGCUCUGAAACACUACUCCGUCUGGCCGAACUGGCACUUGAACUCAAUUGCUUUUUAUUCGGUGGCAACUACUACAAACAAACUGAUGGCGUCGCCAUAGGUACUAAAAUGGGACUCAGCUACGCCGUCUACUCGUAGGUUUUAUCGAAUACCAAUUUUUUAGUCAAUUCCACGGCUCCAAACCUGAACCCUACGGCCGUUACAUUGACUAUUGCAUCGGCGCUACCGUGGGGCGUACAGAAGUAGAAACAAGCGAUAAACGUAAUCGGAAAUAAUCGUAACGGAAAUGCGUAACGCGUGACGUGUGACGUAGGUCACUUACAGCCGGGACAGUUUUAAAAUCGAUGUAUGAGCUUUGUUAAAAGAAAAAAAUACAUAUUUUGAAGUGCUUUUUUACGGUGGCCGGUAAGAACAAAACAGAGUAACAAAACCUACAACACAAACACAAACUCGAAACAGAAUCACAAAAUCCGCAACACUAACACAAAACUCCACAACACAAACACAAACUUGCGACUUUUGUGAUUCUGCUUUAAGUUUGUGCUUGUGUUGUAGAGUUCUGUGUUAGUGUUGCGGAUUUUGUGAUUCUGUUUUAAUUUUAUGUUUUUGUUGUAGAGUUUUGUGUUAGUGUUGCACAUUUUGAGAUCCUGUUUAAAGUUUGUAUUUGUAUUGUACGUUUUGUGACUCUGUUUUUAUGUUUUAUUAGUCUUAAAUGUGAUUUUAUGGGCACGGGUGACAAUUUCGCACCCCCGGUGGAACACGCUGUUUGUAGGAAAACUCCUGGUGUCAUGUUAAGCAGAAUCCGUGGAUUUUGAGCGAAGAAUUGAAGCGUGUGCUAAGCGAGCGAGUGAGAUGACCACGUGGAAUUGUGACAGGAAUUGGCAGUCAGAUACUAAGGGUAAUAGUAUAUAUAGCAGUUAAAUUAUAGUGGCAGAUAAGAUAACUCCGCUGUGGAGUCGAUGAGACGGAUAGAUUGACUCGUUCUGUUUGUUUAUCUACACCUUGAAACUACAUUGUAAAAUGAGAAGAGUUGAUUUGGCCUAGUUUCUAGUUUGGUACUGGCUUUGGGUCAGUUCGGCCCCUUUGAAAUGGGACUGUUUUUGGCACCAAUUUUUGGGCUAAAUAGACCCAAUUGUGAGGGCCAAAUUGGACUAUGUGAAGGGCCAAUUUGGAAAAUACUGGAGCUACAUUGGAAUUUAAAGGGGCCAAAACGGCCCCCAAAAUUUCAGCCCCCUCACAAAUGACCCCGUUAAAAAUAGUAAAUACAGCUCCAAUGUGAGACCACUUCAGAAGUAGAGAGUUCUUUCCUCUCCAUGCUGAUUUCCCCCCAUGCCGUCAAAUAAUGAAAAUACACCACAUACUUUAACUUUCAAACUUUUUUUUUUCUUUCAAACAGACAAACUUUGAAACAUCAUGUGAAAGAAUAGAACAUACAUACAUAUUUAGCAUUAAUUCAACCAUUUUCUAAAAUAGAACUCUUCCCUAAAUUAGUAUACUUCUUAACAGUGCAAGCAUGGCGAGAAAUUACACCCAAGAGACACUUGUGAGUAAAGCUUACCUUUUCAAUGACCUAGCAAAUGUGAUAACGUAUGGCAGGUUAUAAUGAAGACUAAUUAAAAGAAUGGAAAAUUAUCAAACAAGACAAAGGCAACAAAUGCUCCAGUUCCCGCACAAGAAUAUAGAUCUUAUUUGAUUUGUGCAUAUGAAAAACAAAGAGCCUUAGAGCAGCAUUGAGCAUCUUCCAGUGGAUGUGAAAAUACAUGCACUUAUAUUGCUACUUUAGAUAUUAUCAAAAUAUAAACUUUCAGCAAGUACUACCUCAGGCAUUUGCCAAGUCAUUGAAAACGGAGGAAACAGUGACAAGAGUCUGCCUGUGCCCAAUUUCAAGCAAUGCUUGCUCUAAAAAAGUCAAAAGUACCUUUGACUGAUUAUAAGAAACAUUGAAAAUAUAAAAUGAGUCACUUCCCUCUGUUACUAUAGACAAGAGAUCGAUGUAUUGAAGAUCUUCAACAAUUACAAUUUGUGUUGGACAUAAUCUCUGAUUGCUGAAUCAAAAUCAGCUACUCUAUGCAAUAAAAAAAAAUUACAAUCAUAUUAAAAUCAAGCCAAAGUGCAAAAAGUGCUUGUAGCCCGUAAAAAUUGCCUGCUAGUCUGCUAUUUUUAUUUGGUCACUUUCCCCUCACUUCAUUUCAUUUCUCGGAUUAUAUACAUACAUAUAUAUAUAUAUAUAUAUAUAUAUAUAUAGGAAGUCUGCAAGUCGAUUUUCGCGUGGAACAGUGAUCAAUACGUUGAAGCAGAGCAGAAUAAAUAUUAUGAGAGGAAAAAACGACGCAACUACAUAUCCCGACAAGCCUGUUUCGUGAAUCGCUUCACUCUUCAGGGGUUUAAUUAAACCCCUGAAGAGUGAAGCGAUUCACGAAACAGGCUUGUCGGAAUAUGUAGUUGCGUCGUUUUUUCCUCUCAUAUAUAUAUAUAUAUAUAUAUAUAUAUAUAUAUAUAUAUAUACACACACACAUAUAUAUAUAUACACACACACACAUAUAUAUAUAUAUACACACACAUAUAUAUACACCCAUACAUACAUGCAUAAACACAUACAUACAUACAUGCAUACAUACAUAUGAUUUGUUUUUCUAAAACUAUACGCCUAAACACUAGAAAUUGAAGUGGAAAUUUGGUUCCAUGCUUGCGGUUUGUCUCCCUUUCAAGGCUAGAAAAAAUAAUGCAUGACUCCCAAAAUAUCUGAAAAGAAACAGCUAUUCCAUGUGCAAUAUUUAUUUAAUGGUGUGACAAUAGGAAAUUUUAGAAAAAUUGCUACAUCAAAAAAAACUGAACAAAAAGAAGGCAAAAUUAGAUGCAUCCCCAAGGUACUUGAACCUUUGUAUCUGGACUUCAUAAUUAAAUGGGCUUAGUAAUUUUAGCUGUUCAUUUUUGUACCAAAGUAGCAGUUUUUUGGACUCAUACCUUUAAAAUAGUCACAACUUCAUUCAAUGCAUAUGUGAUGACAAACACACAAGAACAAAGGUCAUGAAAUUAAAAGGUCAGAGUGAUUACUCUACAUCUUUUUUUAAGAUUCAGCACCACAAAAUUGUCUCCAGCCAGCCAGUCAAGGAUACUCUGCAAUACCUCUUUAUGCAAUCCACUGCUGCCCGGCGUGCUUUGGGCUGGUGGUGAGAUAUCCCUCCUGGACAUCAUCCAACUAUACUGAGACAGAGAAGUGCACAAAUUAAUUUGCUGUUGGAGAACAGUAAUUUCUUGCAGUUGCAAAGUUUCCAUAUAUGUAAACAAGCUGUGCAUAAAAAGAAAAAAACACAAUCAUGAUUCCAUGAUCAUCAAUGAUAUACUUUCACCAAACUAUAUAUGUACUUAUCAAUAAAAGAAAUCAUACCUCUAAGCACUUCAGCUGUAGUACAGUAUUCAUGAAUUAAUAAGGACUGGUUGUAGACUUAAAAAAACAAAGCAAAGAAGACUUUCGUACCCUUCAUGGUAGUUGGAAUUUUGAAAGCCAUCCAAGAGGAACCUAGGUAAAUAUUUGUUUUCAAAAAUAUUAAACUGUCUGACAAAAUAAUAUCAAUUCACUCAUUUUUUAAUUAACCAGAUUUAAACAUUGGGUUUACUUUGCUUUGUGCAUGGUGCGAGUAAAUACGUUUCUAAUAUUUUUCAAAAAAAAAUAUAGAAAAUCUCACUAAUUUUUGUGGAUGCUUUUCCCAACAUUUCUCUUCUUUAACUGACCAACUAACCGGAGAUCUUGACCAUCGUUACCAUCCUUCUCUGCAAUAUAAGAUACGAACAAAGAUCAGUGAGGCAGCCGAGUUUGUGUAUGUAAAGUUGCACUAAAACGUGCUGUUAAGCAAAUUUCUUUCGCUUACCUAUCCUUUCCUAAGUCUCAUUCCAUGCGACUGGAGAAAAGAAACAGCCUCUUCAGUGAUACAUGAAUUCGCUGCUAUAAUUUAUCAUUGUCUCCGACGCACGCAGUCCGCAGUCUAAGUUCGACUAAUGUGAUACGCAGAAGGAGCUGCUAAGAUGCACUAGCAAAAGAAGGACGCAUCUUGGAGAAAUAUCCCUUAUACAACAAAAUUUUACUUAUUAAAUUUACAGCAUAAAUUUGAGUAAGCCAAUCGAUAGUUUAUUGUGCCGGUUUCGACCAGGUGAAAGAUAUAGAGAUGUAGGACGAUGUAACGGGGAAAACUAUAAUGCGGAAGGUUAAAAUUAUCAGGAAAGAAGUCGGCAGCAAAAUAGAAAGCGAUGAAAAGGUCGCACACUGAUGUCUUGAACAACUACUCGCAUAUUACAUACUACUAUUCGUACCUCCUCUCGAACAAACUAAGGCGACAGGACCAAAAACAGCUGCCGGAGUGAAGAGCGAAAAAAUGGGCGCCCAGUGAAAAAAGGAACAAGUCGAACAAGGGGCUGAGGAUAUUUUGGUUGAAGUAGCGAAAACAAAAGCGGUCUCAUCGUUGCUCCGCAGAUAAUAUAACUUUCUGGACAGAUUGGCGAGCCGGGACAGAAAUAAAAAUUGACUUCUGUGUCCUUAAUGUAUCAGAUAAACUCUGGUCUUAAACGUGGCUAUGAAGAAAGUGAAAUUGUGGAUGCCGUGAUAUGUGCAAUAUCGCCCCAUAGUAGUCUAAGAAGUUAUGUGGAAACCUUAAGCGAUCUCUCCCUUGCAAAAUUACGGAGAAUUCUCCGUGUCCACUAUCGGCAUCACCUGGGGUGUACCGACAGCUUGCAACCGUAUGCCAACAAAGCAAUGAAUCACCACAGCAAUUCCUACUCCGUGCUUUGGGCCUGCGUUAUAAUGUAAAUUUCGCCAGUUAGGAAUAGGAUCGUGGGUUUAAUUAUGGCCUUUCGCUGAUUCAGAAGACAUUUGUAAAAUCCUUCGAAUCUGGUCUUCAUGAUGAUAUCUUAGCAUUCAACUUAAGAACGACCCUUCGUACCCCAGAGCUAACCGACGAGGAACUUAUGAAACAAGUUAAUGCACUACCCUCACAGCAAGAUGAACGAGCCACAAAAUUGGCAAAUGAACACCAAUAA